AUGAAUUCACUUUAUUCUAGGAUAGAAACAGCUAAAGUUCUUUUAAUUUCUGGUGAGCCUAUAUUUGACAUUGUAGCUGCCAUACUGCUUUUCUUUUACCUGCUGAAUUACUCUUCUCUUAUGUGUAAAAUGCCUGUUACGAGCUUUGAUGAGGUUACUUUUCACUUUAUUGAUUGCAUAUAUUUCCAGUCGCAGAAGUCCAAAUCACAGCAGCAAGGUUUGUCAAUUAAUCAGCCUCAGGUGGUGGAUUCAUCACUGCACACUCCUGUCCGAACCGGGACAAAAGGUUAUCAGACAGCCCCUUCAAAUAAUCUCUCUUCGCAAUUUGGCAUUGAUGGACUCAAGGACUGUGAUCAAAUGAUUCUGGACUAUCUGCAGCAACCUUCAAGCAGUGAACGGGAACGGGGAGUGCACAUAACUGAACUUUCCCAGCAUUUGAAAAUACCUGAGAAGAAGAUCAUGGAUUCAAUUGUAUCUCUUGAAAAUGAAGGUUUGAUCUAUUCUACCAUUGAUGAAUUUCACUACAAGUUUGCACGUGGUUAACAGUUUUAAUGGUGCAACUUGGCUGGAGUUUGGUGAAGCAUGUAAGAUCGCCU